UGGCUUUACUUGAUGGAAGCUAUGACCAGUACAAGACCCUCUUAAAGAACUCUACAGAGUGGUACUGUGUCCCCAGAAGUUCUGCAGAAAAUGUGGAUGGCUGGACGUGCUGCCCAGAGGGCUGGAGAAGGUUUCAAAGAAGCUGCUAUUUCCUGUCCCCUGACAAGAUGAAAUGCACUGAGAGUGAGCAGAACUGCACUGGGAUGGGCUCCCACCUGGUGGUGAUCAACAGCAAGGCAGAGCAGGUACAUGCAGAGGGCCGAGAGAGGGACCCAGCAGGCAGAGACACAGUGCUGGGCCCUGGAGGGGACUCAGAGCCCCUCCUUGAGUUCCUCUUCAACUUGACAAAAGAAAAGGUUACUAACAUCUAUGAAACAAAAUACUACAUAGGCUUAGCUGCUUACAAAAGUGGGCAGUGGCAGUGGGUGGAUCAGACGCCAUAUGAAAAGACACCCAUGUGA